UCUAAUCUAAAGGCUUGAUUAAAAUUAUUUGAAAUUUAAUAAUUUGUAAUUGAUUUGUAACUAUUUCUUCAAAUUGCUUAAAAUAAAAUACGAUCCUAAUUUUUUUUUUGCAUAAAUUGUGGUAUAGCACAAUACGCUUGUUAAUCUAUUGAAAAUCCAAUCCUAAAUUAUGUAUGACGUAAAAUAUCAAACCAAUGAGAGCUUUAGCGUCUUAAUGAUUUUAAAGACUAGUUUAGGUGGAUCACCUCCCGCAUAAUAAUAAGUAUCAACACUCGUGUAGUAUAAGAAACAAGUUUCCGCGAUGAUUUCGGUGAUCCGCGGCCGAUCGCUCAGUCGUUAGAUGUAUUUAUAAACAAACGCACUCGUGAAGUUGAGAAUAUAAGUGAUAACAUGAAAACAAAAUGAGCAAAACAAAUGAAAAAGGUAUCGAACUCGCGCCCAGUACUGAAGUGACUACAAAUGGAAUGCGUGAGAAGAAAAAAGAUGAUGAACCAGUAACAUGUUCUCAAAGAAUUAGAAAUUGCUUCAGUUUCUUUACUGUAGAACCAUUUUUACUGUGUUAUGUCAUACCGAUCGCGCUGUCGGGCUUAGCGGUCCAAAAGCUUAACAUAGAAAAAGCAUGCCGUUCAGAUCUAAUGCUAUCGGAAGAAAUCUGCAACAAAGCCGUUUCUGGUCUGAUUGAUGACAAUGAUACCAUAACAAAUCAAGCGCAGCUAGAUGCGACAAAACUUGUAGCCGAUAUGACAGCAUGGCAGAGUCCCUUACAAAGCAGUAUCCCAGCCAUCGUCAUUCUUAAUGUUGGUGCUUGGAGUGACAAGACAGGGAACAGAAAAGCUUUGAUGCUCAUUCCAGUUAUUGGAGAAAUUAUAUCUUCGUUUGGUCUUCUCUUGGCAACUUACUUUUUUCUGGAGUGGCCUUUAUGGGCAACGGCGUUAAUAGAAGCACUACCUUCGUCCUUAACAGGAGGCUAUGCUAUAGCUUUGAUGGGCUCGUACAGUUUGAUUGCAGACAGCACAUCAGUGGAGUCGAGAACAUUCCGAAUUGGAUUGGUUGGAAUAAUUGUAACUCUUGGUGUUCCUUUUGGAACGUCUAUCAGUGGAUACCUAACAGAAGCUGUUGGUUACUAUGGAAUAUUCGGAAUCGAUCUUGGAUUAUACGUGAUUGCGUUUAUAUACACGUUCUAUAGGAUCGAAAAUGUAAGAACUGUUAAACUAGAGGGAACUUUUAUGGAGAAUGUUUUGAACUUUUUCCAUCCCAAGAAUGUGUGGGAUACGAUUUCUUUAGUAUUUAUGACUCGAGGGAGACAGUUGAAGCAAAUUAUUCUAGUCAUUUGCGCUCAUAUUAUCAUCAUGGGGCCUGUUUUCGGCGAAACUUCGGUUCUCUUCUUGUACAUGCUAUCGAAGUUCAACAUGGGUGUCGUAGCAUACAGCAUGUUUAGUACAUACUCUAUACUCAUGGGGACGGCAGGUUCGGCAGUCGCUGUCACACUUUUCAGUAAAAAGCUGAAGAUGCAUGACAGUUUCCUGGGUAUCAUAGCAACAGCCUGCAAGACAGUUUCAGCCUACAUCUAUGGGCUAGCCCCAACAAGAGAAUGGUUGUACGCUGCGCCAGUAUUUGAUUUCUUCGGAAAUUCUGGUGCGAUAGCCAUUAGAUCUCUUGGUACCAAGGUUGUGGAUCCCGAUAAAGUUGGGAAAAUGUGUUCGCUGAUCGGUUUUGUGGAAACACUGAUACCUGUCAUAUACAUACCGCUGUACAGUAAAUUGUUCUCGAAUACCGUCGAAACCUUUCCUGGAGCGGUCUAUAUAUUGGGUGGAACGAUGACAGUACCAGCCUUCAUUAUAUUUAUAGCCUUAUAUACGAUGCACAAGAAACAAUUACGAGACGAAGUGAAAAAUCCAGAAGAAAAGGAGAAAUACUCACAUGACAACUUUGUAACUACAUUAUAAAAUCGAAAAAAAAAAAUGUAAUUAUUGAUGUAAAACUUCUUUGCGCUUGACUAUAAGUUAACUGGACGACAAUGCAACGGAGUCCGUUACGGCGAUAUGGCUUCACGUUUCUGUAUCGUUUUCAUGAAAUAUUUUUGGUUUUGUCAAUAGAUCGUUUAUAAACAAAUCAGUAUAUUUUUUUCUUCAAUCACGUGUGACGGUUACCGCACUCUUUUUUUAAUGAGUUAAACGUGAAUUUAAAACAUUUUCUUUUAUAUUAAAGCUGUGAUGUUUGACAACUUAACUGUAGGAAUGAAGGACUAUGUAAAGCAGG